AUAUUAGUUUGAUGUCUUAUGUUUUGUCUGACCGUGUUUGUGUUAUUUAAUGACAUUUGCAGCAAGCUAUCAGAAAAAUAAAAAUAUAUUUAACUAUUAAUUAAAAUAGUCACACAUUGAAGAUAAAUAAAUUUAUAAAUAUGGUAUUAAACGAAGUAGAAACCUUAGUUUAUGAGCUUGAAAAAUCUGAGUUAGAAGCGCCUAAUGGUUGUGCCUCACCACAAACUUAUGCUCAAUUAUUAGCUGUAUAUCUUUAUCAAAAUGAUCUAUGCAAUGCCAAGUAUUUAUGGAAAAGAAUACCAGUGAGUAUUAAAAACAACAAGACUGAGCUUCAGCAGAUUUGGAUUGUCGGACAACGAAUGUGGCAGAGAGACUGGCCAGCUGUUCACACAGCUUUAGACAUUGAAUGGACUGAUGAAGUCAGUGGUAUAAUGCUUGCCUUGAAAGAAAAUGUUCGUGAAAGAGCCAUGUCACUUAUUUCUGAAGCUUACUCGUCUGUUAACCUGACAUUACUUGCAUCAAUGACAGGCUUAUCAUUAGAACAAGCUAAAUUGUCAGCAUCGGAACGUGGAUGGAUUCUCGACGACACCACAGUGAGACCUUGUAAAGUAGAUAAAGAACAAACACCAGUCCAAGCUUCCCUUGCAGAAAGUCAGCUAAACAAACUUACGCAAUUUGUUUCUUUCUUAGAGAAUUAAGAGUAAUUAUAAAUUAUAUAAUAAGUAAAAUAUAAAUUUUCAUGAUUAUUAA